GGCGGGGUUUGAACGCGGGGACGGUUGGAGGCGGCGGGUGGCGAUCGUUGAGCGGUCAGUGGCCGUGGCAGGGUCAGUUGUCCCGGAAUGGGAACCAGCUCUCCGACGUUCCUCAGCUGAUCUCUUUUCUUGCCUAAUGAAGGACUGGCUCUCUCGUGACAAAUGAAUAGAAUUCUCCAGUCUCAGCUGGGAGUGUGAAAAGAUGCAGCGAACGCGGGGUUCCAGGAUCCCAAAGCAGCCUCGGCACGCUGACCAAACAAGCCAAACUGAUCUCUCUGCCUGGCGAAAAGGAGGGAGAGUUGACUCUGAAAAAAGUCUGCAGAAUCAUCAGUCUGUUGAUAAUGAUCAGAAAUAUGAUAGCCAGGAGGGGUCUCUAGAGGAAGCUUUGAGCUACUUGGAGGAAAUUCAAGACGAUGCUGCACUGAAGAAGAACAGUGUUCUGCAGAAACACUUGGAUGCUGUGGAAAGCACUGCCCUGAAACAAGGGCUGCCCCCUGAAGUGUUUGAGACACUGCUGAACGUGGCGCUCAGUGGCAAAUUUGCUGAUACAGUGAAUACUCGUAUAUUGAAGAGCCUGAUUCCUGCCUCAGUGGUACCAGAAAGUUCAGUGGUUACAGCUGUGUCUUGGCUCUGUGUUGGUCAAUGCUCAGGCAACGUCCAGCUGCUUUUUUUAAAGUGGCUGAUCACAGUGUUUGACCUCAUCGAUCAAAAGGAACAACUUAAUGCCCUCUAUGGUUUCUUCUUCUCCUUCCUGCAAGAUGAGAAGGUGUGCCCCUACGUCUGCCACCUGCUCUACCUGCUGACCAGGAAAGAAAAUGUCAAGCCUUUUCGGAUUAGGAGACUGCUUGACCUCCAAGCAAAAAUGGGAGUGCAGUCUCAUCUGCAAGCUCUGCUGUCACUUUACAAGCUUUUCUGCCCAGAACAGGUGUCCAUAACCCUUCCUGGGAAAACAAAGACUUACUUCAAGAAUUCAGAGGGCCCAUGGAAAGCAGCAAUCACUGCAGUAAGGCAGAGAAACCAGGGAAUCUCUCCCCUGUCCCAGGCAAAGUUUUUAGGCACACUUCAACCUCGGUCGAAACCUACCCGAAAAAGGAAAUGGAACGCCCAGUUGGUUAUACCUGCAAGCAGUUCAAACACAAGUAAUUUAGAAGAGGCUGGGGAAGAGGACAGUGUUUGUUUGUACAGUACAGAUGUGUCUCUUCCAGUGGAGCAGCUGCAGACCUUCCCUCAGCUCCUACAAAAUAUCCACCGGCUAGAGUUUCCUGCCCAGAUGGGUUCAGUGCUAACAAGCCCCUUAUUGCUUCAUUACAUGAAUUGUGCACAAGAGGAAUCUAUUUACCUGAGGCUCUACUAUUGGAUGGGCCAGAUGCUCCAGGAAGAAUGCACCUGGUGUGUGGUUGAUAACCCAAAUGAAGAAGAAUUCAAGAGCUUCCUGGAAACUAUCUACAAGGCAGAAUGUUUCUUGCAGGAGGGAUUUUCUGCCUGUGAAGAGUUCCUGUAUAAGACCCUUCCUCUCUGGGAUGGCUUCUGCUGCCGCUCAGAAAUCCUCAGACUCGUGAGCUGGAUCCCCCUCAGCAGUUUCUCUGAUAUUAAGUCAUAUCUCUAUGAUCCCCUGGCACAGCUCUUUUUCACAUCAUCUAUUUACUUUAAGUGCAGUGUUCUUGAGUGCCUGAAAGAGCUGUUGCAGAACUGGUUAAAUUGCAAUGUGAUUCAAGUGGAUUCGGAGUUUUCUUCUUCGAGCACCACCCUCUCUGGACUAGUGAACAUGGUGGCUGAACUGGUUCACUUUGUGGGGUGGAUCUCCACUGUUGCACUGCGUUUGGAGAACAAUUCCACGUUCUUGCUGUACUUCAUUCUGAAUUUCUAUGGGACGGUGUGUGACAUGUACCUGAAGUACAACCUGCCUUUGCUGAUAAUGCCUCCUGCUGGGGUUUUCUACCCAGCACUGCUCAGCAUGGAUUCUGUCAACUUGAAUAAGCUCUGCCACAUCAUGUACAGGUAUCGAACCAACUUGGUGGCUGCAAAAGAAAAUGAGCUGAGUAAAAAGAAUAUACUGCAGUUCAAGUUCAGCAACCAGACAUACCAAGAGUACAACCAGUACAUAAUAGCCAUGGUGGGCUGCCUGUGGACAUCCAGUGCAUUCCAGAAGGAUAUUCAUCCUCAAGGUCUUUGUAUGGAUGAUAAACUGCUGCGUAAAACUGCGGUGAAGGAAUUAAAAAACAGCUUUAACAUUGUCUAUCAUCCAGCCAUGAUGGGCUACUCUGUUCAAUUCCUGCAGCAGAUUCGUCCUGAUGAUGUCACCUUCAACUUCAAAUCAAUUAAGGGGAAGAAGUGGGACUGGUACCUGGAAUAUCUCUACUCCCAAGGUUUGAAGGGGCUGAAGGUCUUUAUUGAGAGCAGCAUCAGCCGUGUUUCCCAGGCCUCCCGCAGCAAAGCAGGGAAUGUGGAAACGUGACCCUGGCACUCACUGGGAUUCUUCUGUCAUCUGGAGCAGACUGGCAGACUCUAAAGGACUGUGUCACUAAUUCUUCCUUCCUUAGAAGAGAGGAACAGAGCAAUAUACUCUUACCUGCACUUUUGUACUGACAUCUCUCUGAUGGAAGUGAAGACGCAGAUGUUGAGGCUGGCUUCACUAACACUGAGCCCCCUCUUGUCCCUGCUAAACUUCUCUGGCCUGAAGCUAGUGAGCUCCAUGUUAUGUAGCAUCCACAUUUUUCACCCUGGUGUUUCUCUUUUGAUUGAGAAACAAACGUUUUCCAUCUCAAAACCACAGUGAGCAGCAGUGGUGGUUCAUUUAUAAGUAAUGUUGACCCCUGACCUGCUCUGCCUUCCUCAGCAGCAGGUAACAAGAAGAAACUUCCUCAGCCUUUCAGAGGUGCUGUGUGUGUCUUGGAUUGGAGCAAUGUGAGUUUCCCAGUCCCCUGUUGUACCCUGUAUGAUUUUUAACGGGCUGACCAAGCUGACCUUCCUGAAAUGGAUUUUCAUUUUGAGGCCUACAGAACGGGGGGUUUUUCUAUGCCAGCUUUGGGUAUAAUGAUCUAGUACAGCUGGAAAUCUUGGUGUUCAGUUGAUGGUUUAUUGAUUUGAGCACUUAUACAGUUACACAGUUGCCACCAGCUCACAGUUUUCUAUAUUGAUAAUAAGUGCAAAUGUAAUUUUCCUUUGUCUGUAGGUGCUGUAUAUUAUUUGCGUACAUAUGUAUAAUUUAUGUUCUGUAAAAUAUUCCUAAUGUGUUAUUUUUUUGAAAAUCUCUUUUACAAAAUGUAUCUUCUCCAGUCAUUUUGCUUUAAGUCUGAGUAGAAGCUGAGCUGUUUCCAAAAUCUGAAUGAACUUUCUUUUUCUGCUGUAAAACAAGAUUGUAACCACUCAAGAGUUGGGUUAGAUAAUGUUGAAUUUUGCAUUGUGAAUCUGUACUUUGAUUCAGUAAAGGAAUCAGUCCUGAGAGCGACUCUGGAGCCACUCAAGAUGUUUGCUUUCUUCAUCCCCUCAAAAUCAGAUUGGUUGAGUACCACAGUUCUCAGCUCAAGUACCUCUGGUUAAUAUGUCUAAAGUGUUGCCCUUCUCAUUCAUUUGUGUUAUCUCGAGUAGUGUAAGUGCUGCUUGCUAAUUUUUGUCAAGAGAAACAGAUCUUCAAAACCCUGAUUAUAUUUUUUUUCAACAGGAGCAACUCCACAUAU